AUGGCAACUCAAGCCUCCUCCGCUGCCACCGCAGCAGCGGAACAAGUCACAGAUCUCCUUCCUCCGAGCCGAGUCGCCCGCAACCUCGAACUGCACCUCGCCGCGGAAUCGGGCGACAUCACCCUCAUCCAGUCCCUCCUUUCCUCUCCCCCUUCUUCGGACAAUGAGGACGACGACGGUGGGGUGGAUGUAUGGUACGAAGACUCUUCGAGCGCCAACUGGUCUGCGCUCCACUUCGCUGCUGAGCAGGGGCACUUGGAGGUCGUCAAGCUGCUGUUGAGGCAUGGUGCGAUAUGGAAUGCGGUGGAUGCAAAUGGGUUUACGGCGGCACAGGUGGCCUGGAGUAUGAACCACGAAGCAGUGUAUCGGGCCAUCUUCGAAGAGGGUGUGAGGCAGACGUUCUUGCUCAAUGCGCUGCAGGGACACGCCGAGGGUGAUGAAAAAGAAGAAGAAGAAGAAGAGGAAAUGGAGGAGUCGGAGGUUGAUGAUGGACCGAGUGACGCUAAGCGAGCCAAGACAGACGGUACCGUGACCACGUCGAGCGAUGGGACGCGCAUGACGCUCAAGCCUUCGGCGGCAGACGUAGCCAACGAUACCUCGCGCUACCUCUCUACACCCUUGCGCUUCGUCCCUGACCCCCUGGGCCAAGUGCGCUGCCUCGACGCGGACAACAACAUGGUCAUGGCGCCCUGGGAAACCGACAUCAUGGAGCUCUCCGCCUCUCUCCUGUGUUGCAACCAACCCGCCAACUUCAGUGUGCUCAACGUCGGCUUCGGCCUCGGCAUCAUCGACACCCUUCUUCAGCAGUACAAGCCCGCGCGGCACGUCAUCAUCGAAGCGCACCCGGACGCACUCGCAUAUGCGCGCCAACUCGGCUUUGACCGCAUGCCCGGCGUAGAGCUGUUCGAAGGCCGAUGGGAGGACUGGAUCAAGGACAGCGACGACGAAGAGGACCUCGCCAAGAUGACGCAGCUCGGCAGCUUUGACGCGAUCUACUGGGAUACGUACAGCCAGGACUACCGCGACAUCAAGCGCUUCUUCGACGCGCUCCCCAACAUUCUCAACGGGCCCGACAGCCGCUUCAGCUUCUUCCACGGCCUCGGUGCCACCAACGCGUUCUUCUACGACGUCUACACGCGCAUCGCCGAGCUCGAUCUGCGCGAGAUCGGCCUCUCGACCCAAUGGCACUUGCUCACCCCGGCCAUCAAAGAGGAAGAGUGGCACGGCGUAAAGCAAAAGUACUGGCAGCUGGACCGGUAUCACUGCCCGCUCAGCCGGCUCGACGUGUGGGAUUAG